AUGGAGGAUUUGAGUUCUCUCGGUGAACCGCAUCGCAGGAUGCCUUCUCCGCACAUCGCAGACGCAAAAACCUGGACUGGCCCAGAUCGCCGUGGUGGGCGCCAGAGUGCGGGGAAAGGCUCGGGCUGCGAGAACUUCGUCGGGAAGGAUUUCCUUCCCCGUGGCUCUGGCAUUGUGACUCGUCGUCCUUUGGUUCUGCAGCUGAUGAACUCUCCCACAGAACAUGCUGAGUUCCUCCACUGUAAGGGCAAAAAGUUCACAGAUUUUGAUGAGGUCCGGCAGGAGAUCGAGGCUGAGACUGACCGCAUCACUGGGGCCAACAAGGGCAUCUCCCCUGUGCCCAUCAACCUGCGGGUCUACUCCCCUCAUGUGUUGAACCUGACCCUGGUGGAUCUGCCAGGGAUGACCAAGGUGCCGGUGGGCGACCAACCUGCUGACAUCGAGGCCCAGAUCAGAGAAAUGCUGAUGCAGUUUGUCACCAAGGAGAACUGCCUGAUGCUGGCCGUCUCCCCGGCCAACUCUGAUCUGGCCAACUCUGACGCUUUAAAGAUUGCCAAAGAGGUCGACCCUCAGGGUAUGAGGACCAUUGGUGUGAUCACCAAACUGGACCUGAUGGACGAGGGGACAGAUGCUAAGGACAUCCUGGAGAAUAAGCUGCUUCCACUCAGGAGGGGUUACAUUGGUGUGGUGAACAGGAGCCAGAAGGACAUAGAUGGCAGGAAGGACAUCAACGCUGCAAUGGCCGCUGAGAGGAAGUUCUUCCUCUCCCACCCUGCAUAUAGACACCUGGCCGACCGUAUGGGCACUCCUUACCUCCAGAAAAUCCUCAAUCAGCAACUGACCAACCACAUCCGGGACACCCUGCCGGCUCUGCGGGCCAAGCUGCAGAGUCAGCUUCUCUCCAUAGAGAAGGAGGUGGAGGAGUACAAGAACUUCAGACCUGACGAUCCGUCUCGCAAGACCAAGGCUCUGCUCCAGAUGGUGCAGCAGUUCUCCGUGGACUUUGAGAAGUGUAUAGAGGGCUCUGGGGACCAGAUUGACACAGCUGAGCUAUCAGGUGGUGCCAGGAUCAAUCGCAUCUUCCAUGAACGCUUCCCCUUUGAACUGGUCAAGAUGGAGUUUGACGAGAAAGAGCUCCGCAAAGAGAUCAGCUACGCCAUCAAGAACAUUCACGGAAUCAGAACUGGCCUCUUCACCCCGGACAUGGCCUUUGAGACCAUUGUGAAAAGGCAGAUUGGGAAGAUUAAAGAGCCUUGCACCAAAUGUGUGGACAUGGUCAUUUCUGAGCUAGUCAAUACGGUUAGGCAGUGUACCAAGAAGCUGGCUCAGUAUCCCCUGUUAAGAGAGGAGAUGGAGAGAAUCGUCACCCAGCACAUCAGGGACAGAGAAAACCGCACUAAGGGACAGGUGUUGCUGUUGAUAGACAUUGAGUUGUCCUACAUGAACACCAACCAUGAGGACUUCAUUGGAUUUGCCAACGCUCAGCAGAGGAUCAACCAAAUCAACAAGAAGAAGGCAGCUGGCAACCAGGAUGAGAUCAUGGUGAUCAGGAAGGGCUGGUUGACCAUCAACAACAUCAGCAUCAUGAAGGGAGGAGCCAAGGAGUACUGGUUUGUCCUCACCGCCGAGUCCCUGUCCUGGUAUAAAGAUGAUGAGGAGAAGGAGAAGAAGUACAUGCUGCAGGUGGACAACCUGAAGCUGCGGGAUGUGGAGAAGGGCUUCAUGUCCAGCAAGCACAUCUUUGCCCUCUUCAACACUGAACAGAGGAACGUGUACAAGGACUACCGUCAGCUGGAGCUGGCCUGUGAAAGUCAGGAGGAUAUUGAUGCUUGGAAGGCCUCCUUCCUCAGAGCCGGAGUUUAUCCUGAACGCGUCACGGACAAGGAAGGAAAGAGUGACGGCGAUGAAAAUGGCUCGGACAACUUAAUGCACAGCAUGGACCCUCAGCUGGAGCGGCAGGUGGAGACCAUUCGUAACCUGGUUGACUCCUACAUGGCCAUCGUCAACAAGACCGUCCGCGACUUGAUGCCGAAGACCAUCAUGCACCUCAUGAUUAACAAUACUAAGGAGUUCAUCAAUGCGGAGCUUCUGGCUCAGCUGUACUCGUGUGGUGACCAGAACACACUGAUGGAGGAGUCUCAGGAGCAGGCCCAGCACCGCGAUGAGAUGCUGCGCAUGUACCACGCCCUGCGGGAGGCCCUCAGCAUCAUCGGUGACAUCAGCACAACCACCAUAACCACCAGCAUGCCGCCACCCGUGGAUGACUCCUGGCUGCAGGUGCAGCGGAGCGGUUCCGGAGGAAGGUCUCCAGCUACCAGUCCAACUCCAAACCGCAGGGCUCCACCGGGACCUCCGAACCGACCAGGCUCUCGCGGGCCUCCACCUGGGCCUCCUCCAGCUGGGGGACCCCCUGUCCCAUCUCGCCCGGGGUCCUCCCCAGACCCUUACAGCGGGCCGCCGCCCACUGUUCCCUCCCGGCCUAAUCGCGCACCCCCAAGUGUGCCCAGCCGACCAAACAGGGGCGGACCCUCUCGCCCCGAGAGCCCCCUGCCGCCAUUCGACUCUUAAAAGAACCUCCCCAAAUCCUCCCCUUUACCACCUCUCUUUUGUAACUCAUCCUGGUUUCCCCCAUCAAGUAUGAAACAGACGAGCUUAUUCACUUAGCUCACACAAGGAACGAAAUAAGGGGGGGAUCACUUACAGACUCCUCAUCCUCAGAUACCUGGACAGACGGGCUGCUGCUCUUUAUCCUUUUUUUCCAUCCUCCUCUUUCUCCCCUCCUAGGACUGGUGGAGCGAUCACAUGAAGACCCAUCUGGACUUUUAUGCCUGCUGUAGACUCCAGCAGGGCCUCACUGUCACUGUCACUGAAUGUGGGGACAGCUAGAUAGUCCACAUAACUGUGUCACAACCACCUCUCAAAUACGCUGUUGUCUGUGCUUUGACAGAACCUAUGCAAAAAAAAAAAGAAGAUUUCCCAAUAUUUUUUUGGGCAUAAAGAGGCGCCUCCCAUGGCACUUGUCCGACUAUCCUCUUCACAAAAACAUUGUUAUCAUAUCAAGGCGGGAUCUAAAUAGAAAGUGCAAUAUAUAGGAUGUCCUUUGCAGACAGCUGCAUAACACGAGUCACACAAGAAUCUGAGUUUUUAGGCGAGAGGAAAGAAAUAUGUGUCCUGGGUUGCUCCUUGAGACUGUUAGAUAGCUCCUUUUCAUUCAGAGGGGAUGAGGUCCCAUGAUGGGAAAGGUUUUUCAUAUUUGGAGUGUCUUUCUAAGUCAGCUGGGAUCACAUUAUGCAUAAAUUCUGACAUACUGACAGGAAAACGUUCAGAAUUUUAUCCAGGUCAAGAUCUGCCAUUCAUUGUCUGUUUCUUCCUCUUUUUUUUUUCUUCUUUUCCUUUCUUCUCUCAGUGGUCACGGGGGUGAGUGAGAACAUGAAAACAGCCACAUUCUAUGCAUAACACUAUCAAUCGCUCCUCCUGUUUCACCCUCACAUCGCUGUCUUGUGAGCCUGUGAGUUCAACCCAUCUUUUCACAACUGAACGCCGCUGUCAGUGUGUUGUAUUCUGACCCCAACCAAAAACAACCAACCCACCAGCCACAAAAAAAAAAAAACCUACGUCUGUACCUCAAUUGAUGUCAUUAUAGCCAUUUAAAAAUGACCUGAAACACUUCAGUGACCCCACGCAAACACAGCCUAGCAUAUUGUAUUUAUUAUUUAACAGUAAAUAGUUUAUUAUGGACAUAUCUUAAUGUGUUAUUAUGUAUAUGUGUGGUGCAUCUUAUGGGACUUGUACUUCCACUGUCUAGAGAUUUUAGUCUGUAAUGUAAGAAAUUUCUGAAUAUUUAAAUUAUUAUGAAUAAAUGAGUAUGUGUAUAAGGGAACAAUAUUUGAAAAAUAUAUCAAACAUGUGUAAUGCAGUGAUGUAUAUGGAAGUUGUCAGGUUGUUUGAUACUUUAGCUUGUAGCAGAGGUUUUUUGUUGUUGUUUCUCCCUGUGUGUAGAAGAGCAGGGAGGGACAGUGUGAAUGUGUCAACUCCUGCAGCAGCCAGGUCCUGCAUCAUGUUCAAACUGCUGUGGAUGAACGGUCAACUUUAACCUGUAGGACUGCUGUGCUUCGUCAACACAUU